UUCAGCAGGUUGAUGCAGGUGGGAGAGGAAUUCUGCGGCAGCAAGUCUGAGGUGUUGCAAGAGUCCAUUAAGAGACAGAGUGUAAACUACUUUAAGAACUAUCACAGAACCCGCCUGGAGGAGUUGCGAAUGUUUCUUGAAAAUGAAACAUGGGAGUUGUGCCCUGUGAAGUACAACUUCAGUAUUGCCCAGCUUCACGAGUUCAAGUUCAUGGGUCAGUGUCGUUCUCCUUCAGUAUCUCCCAGCAGGCAGCCGGAAUCCAUAGAGCCGGUGGAGCUUUCUCUGUUUGAGCAGUACCUACAGGGAGGAAAUCCUUUUGAGAUGCAGAUAGACAAUAAGGAAGAGGAGACAGAAGAUGUCCUGGCUUCUAAUGGGUAUGAGUCAGAUGAGCUGGAGAAGAGUGUGUAUCAGGACUACGACAGUGACAGUGAUGUACCUGAGGAGCUGAAACAAGACUAUGUAGAUGAACAGACUGGAGACGCUCCAGUGAAGAGCGUGUCCAGAGAGACACUUCGCAGCCAGAAGAGGUCCGACUACAAUCUGAACCGAGCCAAUGCCCCCAUCCUUACCAAUACCACCCUCAACGUGAUUCGCCUGGUUGGAAAAUACAUGCAGAUGAUGAACAUUCUGAAGCCCAUCGCCUUUGAUGUCAUCCACUGUGUGUCUCAGCUCUUUGAUUAUUACCUGUAUGCUGUCUACACCUUCUUUGGCCGCAAUGAUAUGCACUUCCAAUCUGCAUCUCUGCCUUCACAAGGCUCUCAACCUGGUGCGUCCAGACCGGUGGUCCCUAUCUAUUGGUAUGAAUCAUCUGGGCUGGGUUUAAUCAGCAGCAGACUGAGGACGACGCUUAGCCGAAUCCAGGAGAGCCUAAUAGACGUGGUCUUACUGGAUUGGAACGACAUGAGGGUGUAA